AUGCCCCCUUGGAUCUUCGGUCCGAUGAUGCAAAAGGUACCCGGUGUCGACAAGAUCAACGUCAGCAGUGUGCAGAUCUAUAGCAUCAUGAGCAGCGCGAAAGCUGAGGGUGGAAAGGUCCCAAAUACUACGAUUCCAGCAUAUAUUGAUGUUCGUGACCUUGCGAAAUUGCAGAUCCUCGCUCUUACCACCCCUGCUGCGGCGACCAAGCGAUUUAUCGUGGGCCAUCCGAUGACAUUCAACCAAUUCGCAGAUGCCUGA